AUGGAUAAUAUGAAGAUUGAGAAAUUGACUUUUAAUGUUACAUCCGAAAUGUUUUUGUCUAGUAUAAAACAAUUUGCUAGCAUUAAAACGGGUAUGUUCCAGGAGGACUUUUACUUGUUACUUAAUGGUAAAAUUUUAAAUGAAAAUACUGUUCAAAAUGGUAUUGUACACAUUGUCCCUCGGAUAAUUGGAGGCAAGGGAGGAUUUGGUUCAAUGCUACGAGCAAUUGGUGCACAAAUUGAAAAAACAACAAAUCGUGAAGCUUGUCGUGAUUUAAGCGGUCGUCGAUUACGUGAUAUCAAUGAAGAAAAGCGAGUGAAAGAUUUUUUAGCAAAAGGAGGCCCUAGCACAGAAGAUCCCGAAGAGAGAAAAAAACGCAAAUUACAACGUCUAUGUCAAGCACCCAAAACAGAAUUUAAAGAUGAACACUAUGAAAAGCAUAUGUCCGAAAUGACAGAAUCCGUUUCAGAUGCAAUAGAGUGCGGUUUCAAAGCAGGUACAUCAGAAAUUCCAAUUAAGAAAAAAGUUAAGUCCAAGGGAUAUUAUGAUUCUGAUUUGGAUACAGAUAGUAGCAAUGAUGAAUUAGAUGAUGAAAUAGUAUCUACUGAGUCAAUCAAAAAGGAACAAUCAGACGAAGAACUAAAAGAAACAGAAAUUGUUAAUAAACGUAAAUGUUUAGAUUUAGAAGAUACUGAUACUAUUACAAACAAAAAAAUUAAAGUUUAA